UUGCCCGUAGCGCGGCAAAACAAUUCUCUUGCAAAUGGUCAAUAUCUGGCACUUUUUGUGCUAUGGAUAGGAGGGGCACAAAUGAAACUGAGACAUUAUUGUUACAGAAACUUUGUUGUAAAAUAACAGGCCUUUCUGAGGAUGUUAUUUUACCAGUUCUUCAGCAUGCAUUAAGGAUAGUUGGAAGCAAAGUUGAUCCGUUAGUUGAAAAUGAUGAAAUACAGGUUGCAGAAAGAAUUAAAAGGAGAUUGGUCAGAAGAGGAAGGGAAAGUGAUGCUGCUGUAUUCUCGGAUCUUCAUAGAAAACUUCAGUCACAGGGAGUGUUAAGAAAUAGAUGGUCUAUCCUUCAUUUAUUACUGUCAUUGGCUGACAGUGCCCCUAAAUCAGACCAUGCAACCAGCAGGCAGAGUGGACUGGGAAGUUCUGUAUUUGGAGUUGGACUACCCUCUCAUGCUACAUCAACACCGUUCAAUCCUGCACUACAUCAUCUGCAGCACCCUACUCCAGGUAGUAGAGAUGUCACCUCACUGCAGUCCAUGACACACUCCUCUGGUAGCAGUGGUAUUAGUAGUAUACGCAGUGACAUAAAUAGUAAUGAUCCAACACCGGUACCACAGUCAUUUUUACCUGUGACAACUUUCACCCAUGUAGACCAAGACAGAAAUAGUAGAAGUACAGGCAUGAGAUUAGCUUCCACACUUACUGACAGAGGUACAGAAUCAGCAUUAAUGCCAAGAGGUGCUAGAACAGUUAUAGAAUCAGGGAUUCCUAUUAACAGGGGAGAUAAUACCUCUUAUGAACUGCCAGAGUCAGAGUUAAUCAAAGAUAUUGUUUAUACCUUCCAAGGCAUUGAUGGGAAAUGGAUAAAAUUUGAUCCGUCCAAAGAUGCAUACAGAAUAGAUUCACAGGCUGGAAUUCCAAAAGCUGUCAGACAGUUAGUAGGUAAACUAGCAGAAUGUGGUUGGUUGUUUAAAAAGAUUAAAAGUUAUGUGGAGACCAAAACAGUUGAUAAAACAUUUGGUCUUGUUGGACAGAGCUUUUGUGCAUCAUUACAUCAAGAACUUACAGAAUAUUACAGAUUGAUAGCUGUAUUAGAAUCCCAGCUACACCAAGAAUUGGACCAAGGAAUAGGUCUUGGUUUCACUGGUCUCUCAUUACGACAGCUGUUUGUCUGGACAUUUGAUCCCUUACACCGACUUAAAACUCUAGCAACCGUGGUGGAUGGUUGCAAAGGUAAAAAAGGUGGAGCUUUGUCAUCUUCAGUUUAUUCCUAUAUGUUACAUGGAGAUCCAUUUAUUGCAUCACUCAUUAAACAUAUUUUAACCAUGGUUGCCCAGCCUAUUUACUGUACACUUGUGAGGUGGAUAUAUGAUGGUGAAUUAGAAGAUACUCAUGAUGAGUUCUUUGUAGCCUCUGACCCUACCGUGAAGAAUGACAGACUAUGGCAUGAUAAGUACAGUCUGAGGAAAUCUAUGAUUCCUAACUAUGUAACUACAGAUCAAGCCAGAAGGAUCCUGCUGACUGGCAAAUCAAUUAAUUAUCUACGCCAAGUAUGUAAAGACACAGCUCCUAUUAAAGGAAGAGAAAAAAGUAUUGAAAUAGACAGAAAUAAUGCCUAUGUUAUGUUCAUGCAAGAUACAACCACAGAAUUUCAGAAUAUAAUUGACGAGGCUUACAAAGAUACUAGUCUCCAUCUUCUAGAUGUUUUACAUGAGAAAUAUAAAUUUUUAGAUCACUUGAAGGCAAUGAGAAGAUACCUUCUUCUGGGCCAAGGUGACUUCAUAAGACAUUUAAUGGAUUUAUUAGAAGAAGAUUUAGCUAAGCCAGCAGGUAAUUUAUAUCUACACAACUUGACAGGAAUACUAGAGACAGCAAUCAGAGCCACAAAUGCUCAGUUUGAUGAUUCAGAUAUUCUCAAGAGACUGGAUGUCCGCUUGUUAGAGGUAUCCCCAGGAGAUACAGGCUGGGAUGUUUUCAGUUUAGAUUACCAUGUAGAUGGUCCUAUUAGAACAGUUUUUACACCAGAAUGCAUCAUCAUGUAUUUACGUGUGUUUAACUUUCUAUGGAGAGCUAAAAGGAUGGAAUAUAUUCUUGCCAUGAUCUGGAAAAACCAAAUAUCCAAUGCUCGCAUGCUUAGGGCCAUUCCAGAAUUGACAGGUAUUCUGCAUCAGUGCCAUGUAUUAGCUGCAGAAAUGGUUCAUUUUAUACAACAAGUUCAAUAUUAUAUUAAUUUUGAAGUUUUAGAGUGUACUUGGGAUGAACUACUAACCAAAGUGAAAGAAGCAGAGGAUUUAGAUUAUAUAAUAGCAGCUCAUCAGCAAUUCUUAGAUACAAUCACUGCCAGAUGUCUAUUGGAUGAACAAUCCAGGGAAAUUCUCACUCAAUUAAGAACAAUAUUUGAUCUGGUAAUUGAGUUCCAAGCUGCACAAGAUAGUUUUUAUUCUGAAGCAACACAAGAAUUAGAUAUUAGGAGAUGUUAUGGACACAGACGAGAGCGCAGAUCAAAAGAGGGUAAUUGGGAAGUGACUGAUGAAGAGGAGGAGGAUGAGCAGCUAAGACGAAUUAGUUUUCUGAAACAAAUUAUCCCUUCUACAAGAGCAAGGCUAACAGUUCUGUCUCAAUCUUACCAGGAUAUGGUGAGGCAAUUCUUAGUGAUGGUGACAACACACCAGGACGCUAGUUUGCGAUUCCUCAGUUUCCGUCUAGACUUUAAUGAGCAUUACAAAUCAAAGGAACCAAAGCUACAAAGCCCAUUUAUGUACAGAGGCUCAAGACAUGUCACAUAAUAUAAUAUAUAUUUAUUUUAAAUACUUAGUGCUGGGUACUGUUCACUUCAG